AUGUGGCAUGACAAAAGCCACUUUGCAGACAUCAUCGAGUAUAUCAAGAACACACUGAGCAGGGAGGAGCUGCAGCAGCUGCUGGUGGAAGACGAGGCCUGGGAGAUACUCAUGUCCAAGGCGGAAUUGUCCAGUGAGGAGGCACACGCGCUACGUGAAGUCCUGGCCAAGUGUAGCGCUGACUCAGACAAGGACCCAGAGGACAGAGCGUGCCGAGCAGAGCGGCAGGCGAGGGAGAGGUUUUUGAGGGAGUUUCCGCAGGUGAAAGCGAGGCUGGAGGAGAAAAUAGCAAAGCUGCACGCCCUGGCGGACAAUGUGGGCAAGGUGCACCGGGACUGCACCAUCACCAACGUGGUGGCUUCCUCCACCGGGACCGUCUCUGGUAUUCUGAGCAUUGUCGGCCUGGCUCUGGCCCCUGUGACUGCAGGGGUCAGCCUGGCACUCACAGCCACCGGGAUGGGACUGGGUGCAGCUGCUGCCGUGACUGGUGUCUCCACUGCCAUUGUGGAGCACGUAACCAGAGCAUCAGCGGAGGCCGAAGCUGGCCGCCUCACGUCAAGCAGCGUCAACCAAGCGGAGCUGGUCGCAAAGACUGUGGGUCAGAGUGUCCCCAAAGUUAUCAAUGUAACCCAGAAGUUCUUUGAAGUCCUGGAAGACGUCGGGAAGAAUGUGCACGCCAUCAGGGUUGCACGGACCAACCCCCGCCUUCUGGCCAGUGCCAAACGCCUCAUGACUGCAGGGAAGAUCUCAGCCCGCAGCACUAGGCAGGUACAGAAAGCCUUCGGGGGCACUGCUCUGGCCAUGACCAGGGGAGCCCGCAUUGCAGGUGCAGCCACCGCUGGGCUCUUCCUUCUGUUUGACGUGGUCAGCCUUGUCCAGGAGUCGGUCCACUUGCACCAAGGUGCCCCUUCUGAGUCGGCUCAAGAUCUGCAGCAGCGGGCUCAGCAGCUGGAAGAGAAGUUGGCGCAGCUCAUGGAGAUCCACAGGAGCCUGCAGGAGGACGCAGCUGAGUGA